AACACACUGCACACUACACAGCAGAACACCCACACGGCAACACUUACAGAACACCCACACGGCAACACUUACACAGCAGAACACCUCACACGGCAGCACACUUACACGGCAGAACACCCCACGGCAGCACUCCCCAGCAGAACACCCACGGCAACACUUACACAGCAGAACACCUACACGGCAACACUUACACAGCAGAACACCUACACGGCAGCACACUUACAUGGCAGAACACCUACACGGCAGCAACUGCACAGAACACCCACGCAGCACACUUACACGGGCAGAACACCCACACGGCAGCACACUUACACAGCAGAACACCCACACGGCAACACCCCACACAGAACACCCACACGGCAACAUUCCACACAGCAGAACACCCACACGGCAACACUUACACAGCAGAACACCCACACGGCAACACUCUACACAGCAGAACACCCACACGGCAACACCCACACAGCAGAACACCUGAGGGCAACACUUACACAGCAGAACACCCACACGGCAACACCCCACACAGCAGAACACCUACACGGCAGCACACUUCACGAAGAACACCUACACGCACCUGCACACAGCAGGAACACCUACACGGCAGCACACACCGCGCAGAACACCCACACGGCAGCACACUGCACAGCAGAACACCUACACGGCAGCACACUUACACAGCAGAACACCUACACGGCAACACUUACACAGCAGAACACCUACACGGGCAACCUGCACAGCGAACACCCACGGCAGCACACUCACACGGCAGAACACCCACACGGCAGCACACUCCCACACAGUGGAACACCCACGCGGUGCACACUUUGCAGAACACCCACACGGCACACUACACAGCGGAACACCUACACGGCAACACCUUACACAGCAGAACCCCCACACGGCAACACCACACAGCAGAACACCCACACGGCAGCACACUUACACAGAACACCACACGGCAGCACACUCCCACACAGUGGAACCCACGCCGGGCAGCACACCUCACACGACAGAACACCCACACGGCAGCACACUUACACAGCAGAACACCCACACGGCAGCACACUACACAGCAGAACACCUACACGGCAGCACACUUACACAGCAGAACACCUCACACGGCAACACUUACACACAGAACACCCACACGGCAACACGCCCACACAGCAGAACACCCACACGGCAGCACACACUCCCCACGGCAGAACACCCACACGGCAGCACACUUACACAGUGGAACACCUACGCGGCAGCACACUCCCACACGACGGAACACCCACACGGCAGCACCUUACACAGCAGAACACCUACACGGCAACACUUACACAGCACACCCACGGCAACACUUACACAGCGGAACACCUACACGGCAGCACACUUACAUGGCAGAACACCUACACGGCAGCACACUUACACAAACACCUGCGGCAACACUUACACAACCAGAACACCUGCACGGCAACACUUACACAGCAGAACACUACACGGCAACCGCACUUACACAGCGGAACACCUACGGCAACACUUACACAGCGGAACACCUACACGGCAACGCCCACACAACCAGAACACCUACACGACGGCCUUGCCACACAGAACACCUACACGGCAACACUUACCAGCAGAACACCUGCACGGCACACUUACACAGCAGAACACCUACACGCCAGCCGCCCACACAGCCAGAACACUGCACGGCAACACUUACACAGCAGAACACCUGCACGGCAACACUUACGCAAUAACACCUACACGGCCGCUUACGCAACGGAACACCUGCACGGCGACCACCCUUACCAGCGGAACACCUACACGGCCAGCCUACACAGCGGAACACCUGCACGGCAACACUUACACAGCGGAACACCUGCACGGCAACCUUACACAGCGGAACACCUGCACGGCAGCACACUUACACAGCGGAACACCUACACGGCAACGCCGCAGCAGAACAGCCUACACGGCGGCUUUGCCCACAACCAGGAACACCACACGACGGCACACUUACACCAGCAGAACACCUACACGGCAACACUUACACAGCAGAACACCUACACGGCAACCACACAGCGGAACACCCUGCACGGCCCGGCGCCCACACAACCAGAACACCUACACGACGACACCUUACACAACCAGGAACACCUACGGCAACACUUACACAGCAGGAACACCUACACGGCAACCUUGCAACCGGAACACCUACCACGGCAACACACGCAGCCAGAACACCUACACGACGGCACAUACACAGCAGAACACCUGCACGGCAACCUUACGACCGGAACACCUGCAACCUUACACGCAGAACACCUACACGGCCGGCACACUUACACGACGGAACACCUGCACGGCCUGCAUGGGAACACCUGCGCAGCACUACGCACGGAACACCUGCACGGCACACUUGCACGGCGGAACACCUACACGCCAACACCUUACGCAACGGAACACCUGCGGCCAGCUACUUACAGCAAGAACACCUGCACGGCAACGCCACAGCGGAACACCUACACGACGGCACACUUACGCAACCAGAACACCUACCGGCAACACUCACACAGCCAGAACACCUCACACGGCACACCUUACACAGCGGAACACCUACGGCAACACUUACACAGCGGAACACCUGCACGACGGCACGCUUACACCAGAACACCUACACGGCAACUUACUUGCAACCAGACACCUACACGGCAGCACACUUACACGGCAGAACACCUACACGACGACACACCCACACAGCAGAACACCUGCGACGCACUUACACUGCAGAACACCUACACGGCAGCACACUUACACAAGCAGAACACCCUGCGGCAACACCUUACACAGCAAGAACACCUACACGGCAACACCUACACAGCAGAACACCUACACGGCAACCCACAACACACUUACACAGCAGAACACCCACGGCAGUACUUACACGAGAACACCUACACGACAGCCCACGCAGAACACCACACGCAACACUACACAGCGACACACCCACGGCAUACUUACACAGCCGAACACCCAGGCAACACUUACACAGUGCACACCUACACGGCAACACCUUACACAGCAGAACACCCACACGGCAACACUACACAGCCGAACACCGCACUACACACCGCCACCUACACGGCAACACGCACACAGUAA